ACUCCCUUGCGGCGGCUGUCGACAAUCUCUCUCAACAAGCAACUAGUGAAGAAAGCGACAGACAGCUUCCUUUCCCUUGCGAAGCACGUGAUCGCCGCCGACAACCAAGCCAAAAACGUCGUCGUCUCGCCCCUCUCCAUCCACUUUGCGCUGUCCCUAUGCGCCGCAGCGGCUCCGCGCGCUCGCAGAUUCUCAUUUAUCUCAAAUCAGAGAGCGCGGAACACCUUAGUUCCUUCUACUCGCAGAUUGCGACCAUGAUUUUCGACGAGGGCUGUGCCGGUGGGCCCAUCUUGUCAACCAAAAACGGACUCUGGUUCGAUCAGAGCCUCACUCUCAAGCCGGCUUUUCGAGAUAUUGUCCAGAAUUCUUACGAGGCAGUUGCCCAACGUGUUGAUUUUCAGCAUCAGGGAGAAAAGGCUAGGAAAGAAGUGAACUCGUGGUGUGAGAAGACAACAAAUGGCCUCAUCAAUGAAAUACUCCCACGAAAUUCAGUCUCCGACUUGACAAGACUCGUCUUCGCAAAUGCAGUCUAUUUCAAAGGGACAUGGGGCAACAAAUUCGACGCAAAUCUAACAAGAGAUGCCGAUUUCCACCUCUUAAACGGAAGCUCUAUUCGCGCGCCCUUCAUGACCAACUGGGAUAAGCAAUACGUUGGGUUCUUCGAUGGCUUCAAAGUUCUAAAGCUGCCUUACCGCCAUGGCAGCGGCGACACGCGCAGAUUCUCCAUGUGCAUCUAUCUCCCGGAUGCCAGAGACGGGCUGCCAUCUCUGGUGGAGAGAGUCUGCUCUGAGCCCGGGUUUGUGGACCGCCAUCUCCCUCACGGGAAGGUAAAUCUUGACGAAUUCCGCAUACCUAAGUUUAAGAUGGGUUUCGAGUUUGAGGCGUCUAGGGUUUUGAAGGAGCUUGGAGUGGUGGGUGUUUUUGAGAGGGGUGGAGUGAGUGAGAUGGUGGAGGAAUCUCCGGAUGGAGAGGAGCUGUGGGCUGACAAGAUACACCACAAGGCGAUUGUGGAGGUGAAUGAGGAGGGCACCGAGGCCGCGGCUGUGACAGGGCUUUUCAUUGGUGGGUCCUGUAUGCAGCGGCCUCGGCCACGACCGAGGUUUGUGGCCGACCAUCCUUUCAUCUUCACUAUUAGAGAGGAUACGAGUGGGGUAGUUCUAUUCGUCGGCCAGCUGCUCGAUCCGCAUGCUCGUUAAUAUUUAGUGGAAUGUGAGUCUCAUUUUUAUAUACUCCUAUGUACUUUUAUGCGGCAGAAAGGUUUUGACUGCCGAAUGGAGUAUAUCUUUCUAUCGUCAUCCGUCCAACAAAAUUAGAAAGUUAGUCUCAUUUUAUUUUUCAUUUUUUCUUGUUAUUCUCUUUUGUUAUCGUACUUUACCAACUCUAUUUAUUGACAUUAUGUCAUAUUUUACCAAUUUCGUAU